AGGCUUCAAAGUGCGGAGAUUGACCUAAGAUCUAGAAGGAGUUCUCUACCACCAGAUUUGCGCGAAAUGGUGGUGCUUGACAAUAAUAGGAAGGAUGAUAAUCAGUAUCAGAGCAGAAAACGAUCUGUCAGUAAUUCCGCAAUCGAUUUCAAUUCGGCUAUCUUAUCUGGUCAAAAUAAAAGGAGCCUUGAAUUACUGGGAAUAAAAGCGCCUCAGAAACCUUCUGAAUUGCGCAACUUUUCGUUGAUUCUUAAACAAAGGAAAAUAGAUUCAUUCAAAGGUCUUGUUGGGUUUUUUCCGUGCGCGAGUUGUCACCGAAGAGCCCUUAUAAAUUUUCAUCCUGAAAAGUACUCUUCGCUUGAAGAAAAAGAGUUUUCAGCACCGCCGCACAUCUUUCGCCUUCCAUUCGAAUUUGAUGAGAAUGACAGACUUGGACCGUGGGACAUUCUUCUCAGUGAAGACGCGAUUAAAGACAUGAGGAAGUUGGAGUCACCUCUUACAAUCAAAGUAGUCAUGAAAAAGCUCGGUCAAAUAUCAUCCGGGGAGUGGGUAAAACAUGGACUACGGAAUAAGGUGUCAUCUCCCAAUAUUCCUGUCUACGAAGUGAAGCUUCCUGACUAUGGCUUGACGAUUCUCUGGCAAGUUGACUAUGGUUUCUCUAUCCGCAACUAUUCGGACAUGCAACUUGUGAAAAUUUGGGCCAUUACUGCUAAUCAAAAACAAAUUCACACGACAUUGGAAAAUCUCGCGAUGGUUCAUCAAGUCUACACUGAUAAACAUAAUAGCCAUUGCGCAAUUCCAGAGAGUGAACGCAAGACCAUUUUACCAUUUUACUUUGAAUGUGAAGGGGAAACAAAAUCCACCGACGAAGAGUUGUCCGGUUCCAAGAUGGAUGACGAAAGAUUACUAGAAGUUCACAGGAUGCUU